UUUUUUUUUUUUUUUUUUUUUUUUGGGGGACAGAGCAGGACGGAGAGAUGGAGUUUUACGACGAAGACAGACCAAGGCUCGUCUUCCAGUCUCGUCCCUCGCCGUCGCCGUCAUCCUCCGUCGCGGAAAACCCUAAGAACUUGAGCAAAGUCUUCACCUCCAUAUCCGUAUCUGUCGCUCUCCUCCUCUUCUGCCUCUCUGUCUUCUAUCUCCGAUCCGAGCCUUUCAAAUCUAUUCUCCUGUGGCUCUCCCUCUCCCUCCUCGCCGGACCCUUCGCGCCUUCUUCCCUCACCGGCGGUCAGAUUCGUGUCGGUCAUGGCCGGAUCCUUGAGCCAGAGCCCGUCGAUGAGCAGCCUGCGGAAACUGAGCGUGAAUCUAGGAGAAAAACGGUGAACAAGAGAUCCAAAGGGCUGAAUCCUGAUUUCCCGCCGGAAAUAGCGUACCCAGUGCCGGAGAUCGCAGAUUCUUUGUCGAGAAAAGUGGAUCAGAAUGAAAUCCCGCAUUCCGCGGGAACUGGGUCGGCGUCGGAUGUGGAAAUCAGGGACUGGACCGAAGAAGACAUCGAGUUUCUGAAGAAACAGCUGACGAAGCAUCCGGCGGGAAAGCCUGGCCGGUGGGAAGCUGUGGCCGCCGCGUUCGGCGGUCGGCACCGGCUCGAGAACGUGAUUAAGAAGGCGAAAGAGCUCGGAGAGAAAAAAGCCAAUGACAGCAACGAUUACGCGCAGUUUCUGAAGAACAGGAAGCCAUUGGAUGGUAGAAUGGCCGAGGAAAAAGCCGAGGAUCCUGCGACAGGCGAUGGUGAAGUCAAGAAGGAGACUUGGACGAACGGAGAAGACAUUGCACUGCUCAAUGCCCUGAAAGCGUUUCCCAAGGAAGUGGCGAUGAGAUGGGAGAAAAUCGCGGCAGCUGUACCGGGCAAGACGAAGGCAGCUUGUAUGAAGAGAGUUUCGGAGUUGAAAAAAGAUUUCCGGAGCUCGAAACCUUCCGCCGGUAGCUAAGAUGGGCUGCCUGAGGAAAUCCAUAGAUAGGUUUCUUUGACCUUAAAGGAACACCGGUCGACUAAUGGCAAGAUUUUGAUUCUUGGGACAGAACACACUUAGUUAGGAUAUACAUUGGUAUCACUAGAUGGACCAGGAAGCAGAUGAACAGCCCAGAAGAGGCCAUUGAGAAGGUGGUGGUGUUUCUGGGUCAGUAUCUAUGGAUAUGCAGCAUCAGCUGAUGAUGGAAUUGAAUGAGAUUAUUAGCUAUUGUAUCCAAACUUUUUUGUCUGAAGACUCAUUUCAAAGACUUGUCCUUCUCUUGUUCUGUUUCUUGGAUUGGAAUUGAAUUGAGCUGUUUCAAUAACACAACAUAAUACCUUUUGAAAUUCU